UGUAAAAGGAUUUGUUGUUUUCGUUGUCUUCCCACAGCCAUAAUACGAUGGAGCCUGGGGUGCUUGUCAUUUGCAGAUAUCCCCUGGGAAGACAAAAUAUUGGAUUCAAGAAUGUGACCUAGAAACAAAGCCUGUAAUUGGUAAGGUUUUCAUGAACCUUGAAGAAGCAAUUGCAUUCUAUAAGAAAUAUGCAUCUGUGUGUGGAUUUGCUAUUCGUCUUGGUUCACAAUCAAAGGCUAGAGACGGGACGAUUUUGUUGAAAUAUGUUGUGUGUAAUCGGGAGGGGUUUAAGAAUGACUCCAAUUCUUCAAAGAAUGACUGCAAUGCUUCUUUUAUUCAGUCAUCCAAUGACAAUUCUUAUUUUGUUUGCUCUGCACCCACCAUAAGCACUAAUUGUCAAUCUUCUGAAAUUGGGGAUGCGUCCACAAUUAAUGGUGAUGAAGUCAAAAAAAUUAUACGACGUCGAGUGUCUAGCCGGAUUGGUUGUAAUGCUCGUGUAUGUUAUAAGUAUUGUGGGUUACGUGGUUAUGUUGUUUACUCAUUUGAAGAACGCCAUAACCAUUGUAUGACAUCUGAGUCUUCAAAAAAGUUUCUUAAAGUUAAUAGAAACUUAGACAUUGGCCAUCAGAAGUUCGUUAUUAAUUGUGCUAAAGCCAACAUUGGCACAAGUAAGUCAUACAGAUUGUUUAAGGGAUUCGUUGGUGGCUAUUCAAACAUCGGCGCAACUGCUGUUGACUUCAAAAAUUUCAAAAGAGACCUCAAAGCGUAUAUUGAAGGAGUAGACGCUCACAUGCUUAUUGAUAAAUUAUUUAGGAAGCAAGAGUUGUGCUCCGCAUUCAUUUUUGAUUACGAUGUUGACGAAACAGAUAAGUUGACCCGAUUGUUCUGGUGUGAUCCUAUAGCGAGGGAAAACUAUUCAUGUUUUGGAGACGUCAUUUCAUUUGAUGCCACAUAUGGGACGAAUAGGUGCAAUAAGGUUUUUACUCCUUUCACUGGUGUCGACAACCACAAGAAAUGCAUCACCUAUGAUGCUGGUCUUUUAUCGAAAGAGGAUGUUGAUUCAUAUGUGUGGAUAUUUAUGCGAUUCCUCAAUGCAAUGCAUCGUGAACCUAAUUGCAUUGUUACCGAUCAAGAUCCGGCUAUGCAAAUUGCUAUUGAAAAAGUUUUCAGUCACGCACGCCACCGGUACUGUAUGUGGCACAUUAUGAAGAUGGUUACAUCAAAGGUUGGACCUGUGUUAAGUCAUAAUGAGGAGUUUAUGUCCAGGAUCAAUUCUGUUGUCCGGACAAAUUUUUUUGGAGCCAACUGAAUUUGAAGGUAGAUGGAUGUCUGUUAUGCAAGAGUUUGAUUUGGUUAAUCAUGAAUGGUUUUCACACAUGUUUUCCUUGCGUAAGUUUUGGAUCCCAUCG